CCGUGCUCGUGCGCAGGAGGAGGACGCCCGGGCAGGAAGAAAAAAAGAAGAAGAAGAAGAGAGACAGUUUUUGAACCGAAGAGAGAGAGAGAGGGGGAAAGAGAGGGGAGAAUAAGGUCGAGCUCGGGAAUAACGCUGGCUGGAAGUUCAGCCGCUGCCUUCUCGUCACCUCACCGACAGACGCGCGAGAGCCAGCCAAAGAGAGAGGGGCAGUACAAAGUGUCCGGAGGUGUCGUGUGGGCCAAAGCCAGUCCAAGUCAGUCCCGCCGGCCUCGGGGUCAAUGUCAUCAGAAUGAAGAAACGACCGACCGGCGGAUUUAAUUCGUCCAGAGCCCCGAGCCGUUAAAGCGCAGGGACAACAUUUAACGGCGGAUGCUUUGACCCCGACCUAGGAAAGACGCGAAAACGGAAUAUACGCGGAUGUCAAACCCGGAAUAAACCCGGGAUCGCACUAGGCGCCAUCCAUGCAGAAUCUACGGAAGCAAAUGGAAAAAGUUGGCGGAAAUUUCACGGCGUAGGCCGAGAAAGCCCACCCGCCCCUUUUGCCAUCGUACGUCAGCGUGCCCUCCUUUUGCCUACUUUUGUUUGUUUCUGGGUUAAUUCCAUCUCUCUUCCUGGAAGGAACCUAACAUACCGCCGCAAACACGCCCUACAGCGCAUGUGGCACGAUGGAUCGACGCUCCCUUAGUUGGCCUCGCCAGUAUUAAGUCAUGCUCUGGAAACGUGGAGCGCAGUAACAGCCCCGUGCCGUGUGCGUCCGGACUUUUUCACGAUGGCCCAGACGAGUCUACUUCAGGGCAAGCACUUCUACUGCCGCGAGUGGGUUUUCCACAAGAUCCUGCAGUGCCUUCAGGAGAAAAGCACCAGCGCCUGUGGCAGGAGCGCGCCGGCGGGCGGCUCCGGUCCGGCCGAGCCCAGCGGCGCCGCCAAGCCGGGCCCAUGGGGCGUGCUGCUGGUAGGCGGGCCAGGCAGCGGUAAGACGGCGCUGUGCACAGAGCUGCUGUGGCCCGGCUCGGCACAGGGCGCGCACCGCGGCCUCCAGCGCUUCUGCCUCGCCUUCCACUUCUGCCGCGCCGACGACGCCGACACGCUGUGCUCUGGGCGCUUCGUCCGCGCGCUGGUGGAGCAGAUCUGCCGCGGCGGCCUCGUGCCCCAGUACGAGGAGAAGAUCCGCGAGCCGGCCACCCAGAACUCCCUACAGCCUGGGGAGUGUGAGAGGAACCCCGGCGAGGCCUUCAAAAAGUGUGUGCUGCUGCCGCUGUUGAGCUGCAAGCCCCCAGCCCAGGCUCUGUUCCUGCUGGUGGACUCUGUGGAUGAGGGGGUGAAGGCAGCGGAGGUCGAUCCCAGGUGCCCCUCCUCCAGCCCGCAGACCAUCGGCGAGCUCCUGGCUGCCCACCACGAACUCCUCCCACCCUGGCUCCUCCUCAUCUGCUCCGGGCGCAGGCAGAACAAGAACGUCAUGAAGCUCUUCUCAGGCUUUCGCAAAAUCAGCCUGGAUGACCUGCGCAAAGCGUACAUCGUCAAGGACGUCCAGCAGUAUAUCCUGCACCGGCUGGACCAGGAGGAGGCACUCCGGCAGCACCUCACCAAGGAGACAGCAGAGAUGCUGAACCAGCUCCACAUCAAGAGCAGUGGCUGCUUCCUGUACCUGGAGCGCGUCCUGGACGGCGUGGUGGAGAGUUUCAUCAUGCUGCGUGAGAUCCGCGACAUCCCGGGAACCUUGAAUGGACUCUACCUGUGGCUCUGCCAGCGGCUGUUCGUCCGGAAGCAGUUUGCGAAGGUGCAGCCCAUUCUGAACGUAAUUCUGGCCGCCUGCAGGCCUCUGACAGUCAAAGAGCUCUACCAUGCCGUGUGGACUAAGAACAUGUGCCUGACCAUGGAGGACUUCCAGAAAAAGAUGGACAUCCUGUCCAAGUUACUGGUUGACGGACUUGGAGGUACCAAGAUCCUGUUUCACUACAGCUUCGCUGAGUGGCUCCUGGAUGUUAAGCACUGCACGCAGAAAUACCUGUGCAACGCUGCCGAGGGUCACCGUAUGAUGGCCAUGAGCUAUACCUGCAGAGCCAAGCAGCUGAAACCCCUGGAGGUGCAGGAGUUCGCCCUGCACUUGAUCAACUCCAAUCUUCAGAUUGAGCCCUUUAACCUGGCCCUGUGGAUGGUGUGGAACGGCACGCCUGCAAAAGAUUCCCUUUCCACAUCCAUCCCCAAAGAGCAGGAGGUGUUGCAGCUACUAGUCAAAGCCGGCGCUCACAUCAGCAACGAGGAUGACCACGCGUCGUGCAUAGUGCAGCAGGCCCUGGAGCGGGAGGACUCCAUCUGCACCCUGCUGGACAACGGGGCUUCCGUCAACCAGAGUAACUCCAGCGGGCGAACGCUGCUAGCUAAUGCAGCAUACAGUGGAAACCUGGACGUAGUGAACCUGCUCAUCUCCCGUGGGGCCAACAUGGAGCUCGAGGACAACCACGGACAGACACCCCUCACGCUUGCUGCCAGGCAAGGUCACACCAAGGUUGUCAACUGCCUGAUCGGCUGUGACGCGAACAUCAACCAUACUGAUCACGACGGAUGGACCGCGCUAAGGUCUGCAGCCUGGGGCGGGCACUCCGAGGUAGUCUCGGCCCUCCUUUACGCAGGGGCAAAGGUUGACUGCGCAGACGCAGACAGCAGGACCGCCCUUCGAGCAGCAGCGUGGGGAGGUCACGAGGAUAUCGUCCUUAACCUCCUCCAGCAUGGAGCAGAGGUCAACAAGGCAGACAAUGAAGGGAGGACUGCACUCAUUGCCGCUGCCUACAUGGGCCACAGGGAGAUAGUUGAGCACCUGCUGGAGCACGGCGCUGAAGUCAACCAUGAGGACGUGGACGGACGCACGGCACUGUCCGUUGCAGCUCUCUGUGUGCCUGCGAGCAAAGGCCACGCAUCAGUGGUCAGCCUUCUCAUCGACCGUGGUGCGGAAGUGGACCACUGUGACAAAGACUGCAUGACCCCCCUUCUGGUUGCCGCCUAUGAAGGACACGUGGACGUCGUGGACUUGCUUCUGGAAGGAGGUGCGGACGUUGACCACACGGACAAUAACGGGCGAACCCCCCUGCUGGCUGCUGCAUCCAUGGGACAUGCGUCCGUGGUCAAUACGCUGCUUUUCUGGGGCGCUGCCGUGGACAGUAUCGACAGCGAAGGAAGAACAGUGCUCAGCAUAGCUUCUGCCCAGGGCAACGUGGAAGUGGUCCGGACUCUGCUGGACAGAGGCCUAGAUGAGAACCACAGAGACGAUGCCGGCUGGACACCCUUGCACAUGGCCGUGUUUGAAGGGCACAGGCAGGUAUGUGAUGCCCUCAUUGAGCAAGGCGCCCGAUGCGCCGAGGUGGAUAACGAUGGACGUAUACCCUUGAUUUUGGCUGCUCAAGAGGGCCAUUACGACUGCGUACGUAUCCUCCUUGAGAAUAAGUCUUGCAUCGAUCAGAGAGGCUACGAUGGGAGAAACUCUCUCCGGGUGGCAGCCCUGGAAGGACACCGAGAUAUUGUUGAGCUUUUGCUGAGCCACGGAGCCGACAUAGACUAUAAAGACGCCGAUGGUCGCCCGACCUUAUAUAUACUGGCUCUUGAGAAUCAGCUGGCUAUGGCAGAGUAUUUCCUAGAGAAUGGUGCCAAUGUGGAGGUGAGCGAUUCUGAGGGCAGAACGGCGCUCCACGUGUCGUGUUGGCAGGGCCAUUUAGAAAUGGUGCGAUUGCUAAUCAGCUACCACGCAGAUGUUAACUCAUGUGACAACGAGAAGCGGUCUGCUCUUCAGUCCGCUGCGUGGCAAGGGCACACAAAAGUUGUCCAAUUUCUAAUCGACAACGGCACCCACGUUGACCACACAUGCAACCAGGGAGCCACCGCACUGGGUAUCGCGGCUCAAGAGGGCCACAUGGACGUGGUCCACAUCCUUUUAGAGCAUGGCGCAGACCCCAACCACGCGGAUCAGUUCGGCCGCACGGCCAUACGGGUGGCAGCCAAAGGAGGGCACGCGGUGAUCAUCAAGCUCCUGGAGAAAUACGGCGCCACCAGCAUCAACGGCUGCAGUCCCUCGCCUGUCCAUACCAUGGAGCAAAGCACAGGAAAGAUGCAGUCGCUCACCAUCAAGUCCAGCAGUUCUGGCAGCACCGGAGCAGGGGACAUCCAGUCGGCGGGUCGCGGUUUGUCGAAUGGACCCGUCCAUGCUUUCAGCUCCCCUUCAGAAUCUCCAGACUCCACCGUAGACAGACAGAAGUCCUCCCUUUCCAACAACUCCCUCAAAAGCUCAAAGAACUCCUCGCUGAGGACCACGUCAUCCACCUCGACGGCCCAGACCGUACCCAUAGACAGUUUCCACGGGCUCAGCUUCACCGAGCAGAUCCAGCAGCACUCGCUGCCUCGCAGUCGCAGUAGACAGUCUGUAGUCUCCCCCUCUUCCACAACCAAGUCGACCGGCCCCCUGCCAGGGUCUCCUGUGAGUGAGCUUGACUGGAGUCAAGCGAAACCAGGCCUGAAGUCUUCUAAAGGUGGAAAGAGCCGGAACGGGACAAACAGCUGCCCGAGAAAGGAAGGCCCAGGGGACAAGAAGAAGAUGAAGAACAGCAGCGCUCUUCCACAGGGUCAGGUUCUGGAAUACGAGAUGACCCAGUUUGAUAAAAGGAUCGCUCUCAACAAGCCAGUAUCGAGUAUCGCGGUGAAGGAUCCUCACUGUAAGAUAGUGCUGGGAGGCCCCAGCUCCCUGGAUUCUGGACAGUCUCAGGAGGUUUACAUCCAGCAGCAGAGCUGUGCGGAGAAGAAGAGGAAUGGGAUUAUGACCAACCCCAAGUACCACCUGCAGGGGAAUCAGGUUUUCUUAGGGAGGGUCUCGGUCUCCAGGACCAUGCACAACAGGGUUCACCAGGACGUCCUCGACAGCUACCCAAUAGGGGAGACGGAACUGAGCCUUAAACAAGCCCUGAAACUGCAGAUUGAAGGAUCUGAGCCUGGAUUUAACUACAAAAAAGAGACACCUUUAUAACUGGCGUCUUGAGCUGAAUCCAUCAUCCAGCCCUCAUGGAGAAUGUGCCCGAGCAACGGUUUUCCUCGGAACAAAGAGCCGGGGCCGUGGAUGAAGAGCACUCGAUACAGGAUCAGAUACAAAUGCAUCACCGAUACAGUUACGCCUUCCCCAAAGGAAAUAGCCCUCGAUUAACCCCUGCAGUCUGAACAUUACGCAUACGCUCGCAGACGUCACGGCUUCGCCACCCUCAGUGGAACGUUCCCUCGUAUUCAGGCAAAAUGGCAAGGAGGAGGGUGAACAAAGCCAAACCCAAUGAAAGAAUGAAUGUUGAUGGCAGCAAAAGGCUAACGUGAAAAGACUUUUAAUGUGCCUACCGAUAAAGCCUACUCAUUCAUGCACACCCAUCAUUUUAAUUUAAUGUAUUGAUAUUUAAUAUGCACUUUUGUUUUGAAAAGAGAAAAAAAAAAAACCAAAUCACUUUUGUUCAUUGUUUUUCUCUCUGGUGCUUGUUUUUAUUUUAAUCCUAGUAACUGUUCAAAAGAAAUACACAUUUCAUGUUUCUGGCUUUUUUUGGUGUUAAUACAUUAUUUUUCUACCUAAGUGAAAUGUCCAAAAAGAACAGCAGCAUACCAGACAAGCAAAAUACCAAGGUGAUCAAUAAUAUCUGAAAAUACUACCCCUAUCUCGUAAGUCACAUGAGCACAGCCAGGUAUAGGAUCCCAAAUUAUGAGUACAAAUAACAUCCAAGGUCCGCGGGAUGCAUGUAAAGCAGCCUCAAGUUAGUCCUCUUCAGUGUAAUCAGCCGUAUUUAUUUUGGAGAAAGCCACUUGCAGUUAUGCUUUAUGCUAUACCAUGGUGCUGUGAGCAGAUUUUUGCCUGCAAUUACAAAUCUUUUUCAUUUUUCUUGCCUACAUCUUAUGACAGUCUUAUUUUAACCUUAUAUCAUGUGUAUUGUAGUGUUACUGGCGCCCUGCCAGGGGAGGGGUUGCUUUCAUCGACAUUUUUAUUUAGUCCCUGUGGGACCCAUUUUUGUAGUUUUGCUGGGUUGUUUUGGUGCGUGUGUGUGUGUGUUUGUUGUUUUUAAUAUACAUUUCUUUGGUGUGUUGAAUUAUUUACAAACAAAUUUAAACAUCUGAUGUGUAGCGUUAAAAGAAUACGGUGCUAAAGGCAAAGAAGUUCUCAGUGACCUUGUGCAA